UGCCCCCAGCUGAAGACCAAAUCCUGCCUCGGGGUCUGGAGAGGCGCGGGGCUGCUGCUGCUGCUGGCGCUGGCUGCGGCGGGGGCCGUGACCGGAGCGCUGCUCGGCUCUGCUCACAGCCCACCCAAGCCGCUGCCGCAGAUGCUCCGGCUCCCGCUCCCGGGGCUCCCGGGGCCCCAGUCCAACCAAACCACCCUAGUGGACAUGGCCAGGAACAUGGCAACCAUCCUAGUGACUCCGCCUCAGAGCAACCGCAGCUGGGCUGUGCUGUUCGACGGGCAGAGCGGCUGCGUCUGUUACCGCCCUGCGGAGCACAAGGCCUGCUUCCUCCGCCCGAUGGAGGCCCGAGACCGGGAGACCCUGCGCCUGCUGGUGGACACUUCUAGGGCCCAAGGACCCCGCACGCCCGGCCGGGACCCCCAGCACACACAGGAGCUGCUGGCAGUGCUUGGGGACCGUGCCGUGGAGCCUGCCCAGGUGGGGGCCCCCGUGCGGCACCUCUGUGCAGAGACCCCCAUCUACUGGGCCCGUCGAGCAGAGGGGCCCCAGAGGCAGCGACUGAUCUAUCUCUGCAUCGACAUCUGCUUCCCGAGCAACAUCUGCGUGUCCGUCUGCUUUUAUUACCUCCCGGACUAA